AUGUCGGUCACUGUAGCUCUGAUUGCUUUCAUCAGCAAUCAGGACCCUGGUACUAAAAUAGUAAUCAGACAUUUCCGAGACAAUGAUGAAUUGGCAAAAGUGUUACAAAUAGACAAUUUCGAUGAGGCUAUCAAUAUAUACUACAAACUCGAUAAUCCAACUGCCAAACACGGGGGUGAGAUAUGUCUGGCAUUCAUGUAUUAUUAUCCACCCGUAAAGGGCGGUGGUAUGUGUUUCAGUAUGUCUGACGAGUCUACCUUGCUUAAAAAUGCAAACGUUGAACAGAUAUCAGGAUAUUGGUUGAACCCGAAGCCUAUGAUAUUAAACCCGGAUCAUUUAAAAAAUACCCGGUUAGACGACCAUAUCCGCAAAAAGGUUGACUUCAAGGAUGACAUCCAACAAGAGCGAUAA